AUGGAGGGGAAUACCUCUGGGAGCAGCCAGCCCAGCUCAGAUGAACACUUGAGCAGAUACCUGAACAGCACCGAGGAAUACCUAGCCUUCGUUUGCGGCCCGAGACGCAGUCACCUGUUUCUGCCCAUGACUCUGGUGUAUAUGAUCAUCUUUGUGGUUGGGGUGGUGGGCAACCUCCUGGUCUGCCUGGUGAUUCUGAAAUACAGGACGAUGAAGACCCCCACCAAUUACUACCUCUUCAGCCUGGCUCUUUCAGAUCUCCUGGUCCUGCUCUUUGGGAUGCCCCUCGAGAUCUAUGAGAUGUGGAACAACUACCCCUUCCUCUUCGGUCCCGUGGGCUGCUACUUCAAGACGGCCCUAUUUGAAACGGUGUGCUUCGCUUCCAUCCUCAGCGUCACCACGGUCAGCGUCGAGAGGUACAUCGCUAUCAUCCACCCAUUCCGGGCCAAGCUGGAGAGCACCAGGAGGCGUGCGCUCAAGAUUCUCAUUGUCCUCUGGAUCUUUUCCAUCCUCUUCUCACUCCCCAACACCGGCAUUCAUGGCAUCCAGCUCCAUUACUUCCCUAAUGGUACCCAGGUCCCGGGCUCAGCUACCUGCACUGUGGUGAAACCCAUGUGGAUCUACAACUUUAUCAUCCAGGUGACUUCGUUUGUCUUCUACAUCCUCCCCAUGAGUGUCAUAAGUGUGCUCUACUACUUGAUGGGGACCAGUCUUAGAGGUGACAAAUCUCUCGAAGCUGAUGAUAUGGCUAUGAAUGUACAGAGGCCAUCCAGGAAGUCAGUCACCAAGAUGCUCUUUGUCUUGGUUCUAGUAUUCGCUAUCUGCUGGGCUCCAUUCCACAUAGAUCGUCUCUUCUUCAGCUUCGUGGAGGAAUGGACAGAGUCUCUGGCUACUGUGUUUAACCUUAUUCAUGUGGUGUCAGGUGUGUUCUUUUAUCUGAGUUCAGCUGUGAAUCCCAUCAUCUACAACUUACUAUCUCGACGUUUCAGGCUGGCUUUCUUGAACAUGCUCUCCCCCUCGUGCAAAAACUGGCCUUCUGGGCAUCUCCCUAGUAGGCACCCUGCCCAGCCAGACCGCUUCGCACCAAGAGACCGCAAUCUAGUGGACUCACCUGAAGAUGCCAGUCCCUGCUUCCCCCAUCGUUCCUCUGUCUGCAGUUCUCACCUUUCUACCAUCCUUUGA